GAGGUUUGUAAUUCAAUCACCAUUAUCAUUUCACUGAUCGCUUCAUAUAGAACCUUCACAGCUAUUUCUUCAACCACCGCUACCGUCACCGCCAGUAAGUUUUGCCGUUUUCUUUGCUCCGACGUCGUUUAACACCUCAGAACAGUUCCAAUGGCCGCUUCUGCCGUGAUGCAGUCCAUUCCGGCGAGCUCGGCUAAUCGAGGUAUUUCCAGGACAUCAACGAAUCGCCUUCUCCCGGCGGCGAUUCGACCGUACUCCCGGCGUAUGGCCUCCUUUCGAGUGCGAUGCACGGCGGAGGAGGAUCAGAGAGAGCAACCGAUUUCAACAUCGAUCCCACCGUCGUCUCUCAAACCAGAACCAACUCCCUCUCCCUCGCCACCGCCAAAGGUGAGUACGAAGUUUACAGACAUUUUGGCGUUCAGCGGGCCAGGGCCAGAGAGGAUCAACGGGCGGCUUGCGAUGAUCGGGUUCGUGGCUGCCCUAGCGGUUGAAACAUUGAAGGGACAAGACGUGUUCGAGCAAAUCGCAAACGGAGGGAUUCCAUGGUUUGUGGGAACGAGCGUAGUUCUAACAUUGGCAUCGCUGAUUCCUUUGUUUAGGGGAGUGAGUGCUGAGUCGAACUCGAAGGGGAUUAUGAAUUCAAACGCGGAGCUGUGGAAUGGGAGGUUUGCGAUGUUGGGCCUUGUUGCUUUGGCCUUCACUGAAUAUGUUAAAGGUGGAAGCCUUGUGUAAGUUGUUAAUUUGAGUUGUAGACAUUUAAUGUAAUGUUUAGUAUUGUAUCUAUGAAAAAUCAUAUUCAUAUAAAUGGGAUAUGGGAUUUAGGAAUGAAUGUCAACAAAGUAAGCCAUUGAAGUGUAGUAAGAACUUUUAUGUUUUAUAUCGUGACAUAUAUUGAUUUUUUGCUGCAA